AUGAACUCCCUCUCGACGCGGGUCAAGAGCAGGCGGACCGAAGCCAGCCUCGGUGCCGAGAGGGACCACUUUGACAAACAGCAACUGAGCAGCAUCAGCAAAGCCAUCAACUCCACCGAAACCCCCGUGAAGGAGAAGCAUGCGCGCCGCAUCAUCCUGGGCACCCACCGGGAAAAGGGCGCCUACACCUUCUGGUCCUACGCCCUGGGCUUCCCCCUGGCCACCAGCUCCGUCCUCAGCUGGAAGUUCUGCCACGUGCUGCACAAAGUUUUGCGGGACGGCCACCGCAACGUCUUACAAGACUGCAUGAGACAUUUCAGUUCCAUAGUGGAAAUCGGACAGCUCUGGGGCCAUCUACAUGACCGAUACGGCCAGCUGGUUGCGCUCCAUUCCAAGUUGCUGUGCAUCAAAAUGAAGUUUCACAACAAGCACCCGGAAAUUCCCUGCAACUUGGAGACCACCGACGAGGUUCUGGAGCGCACGGCGGGCACAGACGUCAACAACGUCUUCCAGCUCACCGUGGAGGUUUUCGACUACAUGGACGCGGAGUUGAAGUUGGCGGAGACGGUGCUACGUCAGCUCAACUCGUCCAUGGCCAUCACCUCGCUGACGUCGGGCCAGUGUCGCCUGUCGCCGUUGGUGCAGGUGAUCCAGGACUGCAGUCAGCUCUACCACUUCAUGGUCAAGCUGCUCUUCAAGCUACAUGCGUCUCUCCCCGCCGACACUCUGCAAGGACACCGGGACCGCUUUAGGGACCAGUUCCAGAGCUUGAAGACGUUCUUCAACAGAGCCCGGGAGAUGUUGUACUUCAAGAGGUUGAUCCAGAUUCCGAGACUGCCCGACUCGCCGCCCAACUUCCUGCACGCAGCCUCCCUGGCCAAGCACGUCAAGCUGGUGGUGGUCAUCCCCGACGAGGAGGACGACGACGAUGACGACGAUCCCGAGCCGCUGGUGGAAGUUGCGCCGCAACCCGACAUGUUCGAUCAGGCCUUCGGACCGCCCGACGGAGCCUUCGACGACAGAGAUGUCCAAAUUGAGAACCUGAAGCGGGAGCUGGAGCUGUUGCGAGCUGAGCUGGAGAAGGUGAAAGCUGAGGCCCAGCGCUACAUCACGCAGCUCAAGUCGCAGAUCAACAGCCUGGAGGCGGAGCUGGAGGAGCAACGGGCGCAAAAGCAGCGCGCGCUGGCAGAGAACGAGCAGCUGCGCGUGGCGCUGGAGGGAGCGCGGCGCCGCAACGCCGAGCACGAAGGCCGGCAGGGCGCCUUCGUCGAGGCUGAACAGCGAGCCCAGGCCACGGAGCAGCGCUACACUAAGCUGAAGGAGAAGCACACGGAGCUGGUGGCCAGUCACGCCGAGCUACUUCGCAGGAGCGCGGACACGGUGAAGAUGCUGUCGGCCACCCAGCAGACUCAGGAGGAGGUGGAGAGGACCAAACUCCAGCUUUCCUUCGAGGUGGAUCGGAUCAGGCAGGAAGCGGAAAUGAAGUUGGAAGAGCAGAAAUUUGAGAUGGAGAGGCUGAGGAGAGAGCUGUCUGAGAAGAUGGCGGAAAUAACCCGCAUCAACGCCAACCUGCAGAACAGCGAACUGACUUCGGCUCAGGUGGCUGGGACGAUGAGCGCCCUGCAGGCAGAGAAGGAGCGUUUGAUGCGCUCGGUGAGCGAGAAGGAGGCGGAGCUUUCGUCCGUCCGCCAGAGCGCGCAGCUGCAGACCUCGGCCGUGCAACAGGCGCAGGACAAGAGCGCCAAGGAGCUGGCUCAGCUGCAGUCCAGGCUGCAGGAGAAGGCCAAACAGGAGGAGCUGCUGAAGCAGAAGCUCCUGGACGAGCAGUUCACUUUGCUGCAAGGCACGGUGAGCGAAGCCGAGAACAUCAUCCGAGACGCCGCCGCCAAGCUGGACGAUCCCCUGCACAUCCGAUGCACCAGCUCCCCAGAUUACCUGAUAAGUCGAGCAGAAGUGGCGCUGAGCUCCGUCGACAUGGUGAAAAAGGGUCAAGCAGACUACGUCAAAGACAUGAAUGACGCGGGAGGGCUGCUGCGGUCGCUGACUCACUUCUCGCACUCGACCGCCGACGCCAUCGUCAACGGCGCCGCCACGGCGCACAUGGCGCCCACCGACCACGCCGACCGACUAACAGAGAACUGCAGAAGCUGUGCCACUCAGUCUUUGCAGUACUUGCAGGAGCUCAAGUCCAAGGGCGGCCUCCAAAGGGCUGACCCCGCCUCCAUCCGUAUCAUCAUCCAUAAGAUCCUGCAACUGGGCCAGGAGCUGAGACCCAAAGGUGCCGACGUGCGGCAGGACGAGCUGGGGGAUCUGGUUGAUAAGGAGAUGGCCGCCACCUCCGCCGCCAUCGAGGAGGCCGUCCGCAGAAUCAACGAAGUGAUGAAUCAGGCACGAAAAGAUACAUCAGGAAUCAAGCUGGAGGUCAAUGAAAGAAUCCUCAACUGCUGCACGGACCUAAUGAAGGCCAUCCGCAUGCUGGUCCUGGCUUCCACAGAGCUACAGAAGGAGAUCGUGGAGGGCGGCAGGGGCGCAGCCUCCAUCAAGGAGUUCUACGCCAGGAACUCUCGCUGGACAGAGGGCCUCAUCUCGGCCGCCAAGGCCGUGGGCUGGGGGGCUACCGAGAUGGUGGAGUCUGCCGACAAGGUGGUGCUUCACACUGGCAAGUACGAAGAGUUAAUCGUCUGCUCCCACGAGAUUGCCGCCAGCACGGCGCAGCUGGUCGCGGCCUCCAAGGUCAAAGCCGACCGGCACAGCAAACGGCUGACGGUGCUGCAGCAGGCCUCCCGCCUGGUCAACGAAAUGGCCGCCAAAGUGGUGGCCUCCACUAAGACGGGACAGGACAACCUGGAGGAUAAGGAUCCCAUGGACUUCUCCGGCUUGUCACUCAUCAAGUUGAAAAAAGAAGAAAUGGAGUCCCAGGUGAAGGUGCUGGAGCUGGAGACUAUGCUGGAAAGUGAGCGUCUUCGCCUGGGUGAGCUUAGGAAGCAGCACUACUCCCUGGCUGGCGUGCCCUUGGAGCAGCUGGAGCAGCUGGAAAUGGUUGAUUACGGUGGCGGUAGCGAACCCACCUCGCUGGUCGCCACCCAGUCAGCCAAGUUUAACAAGCCGGCGCUCCUGAAGAAGCCCGCGCUUGCCCAGAAACCCAGCGUCCUGCUCAAGUCUCCCAGCUAG